AUGUUCCAUAGGUGUAUAGUUGCCGUGACUUUAUUCUUUGUUUGUGGUGGUGGUGUGUGUUUGCACAUCUCUCCUUCAUUUAUUCAUUGCAUCCGUUUCUAG